GUUCAAAAGAGUUGCGUUUGAUUUCGAAUGCAAAAAAAAGAAAGUUCGCUGCUAUCACGUGGAAAUUGCAUAAAAUGGGCGGAAUGGCUGCCAUAAACGUCAGAUCAAAUUUCCUAAAUAAUCCAUAACAAAUUUCUAUUGCUGUGCUCGGCUUCUUCUGGGGAAAAUCUUUUAAAACUCAAAGAUGAUGCAAGCCAGUAGGACUGAUACUUCCGAAAGAAGAUUCGAAAUCGAAUGUAAAUUAGAAGGUGAAAUAGCUGCUCUUGAGUUGCUUAGAGAAGCAGAAGAACGUAGUAGAAAAUUGACUGGUAGUGCCGUUGCUAUACUUUCAUCACUGGAACAACGGUUAGCAACAUUGCGGAGAACUAUAUUGCCAGUUUACAAUGAAACUGGAAAUCUACAAUCUCAACAACAAAACAUUGAAAGAACUUUGACAGUGUUAGAUCACGCUAUCGGUUACUAUGGAGUUUGCCAGGAAGUUGAGACUGCUGUACGGGGUGGGCCGAGUGGACCGGGUGGUUUGAAUAGUUUUUUGGAAGCUAUGAAUCGUCUCUACAAUGCACAACGUUACUUCCAAAAGAACAAUCCAACGUCAGUGGAGUUGGAAAAUUUAGCAACUCUCUUUGGGGUUGGGCUUGAUGCGCUUUGCUCGGAAUUUCAUGAUAUUCUUGCCCGUCAGAGCAAACCGAUAUUGCCGAUAAUAUUGCUAGAUCUUAUUGGCUCGGACGAGGACACUAGCGGCGAAGACGCACCCCAAUCAUUGAACCAAUUGCCCGAAAGCGCUCUGGGCGACCUCAUCAAAAUUGCCGGUUGGCUCGAGGAACGUGGACAUCGUAGACACGCAAAAAUUUACUCAUCUGUAAGAUCUGCUGUGGUAUUGAGAUCUUUACAAUUGUUGAAGGAACAUCAGAGAAGCGCUAGCGGUGGAAGCACUCAUGCUGGUAGUCCAAUGCCGCGAGCAAAAUUCGCUCAUCGUCACUCAAUCACGGGCCAGGAAACAGCAGGACGUCGUACAUCACGCCGAUUGCAACAUGUCAUAGAAAAAAAGGCAUCGAAGAUGUUGAUGCGAGCAUCACAAACAACAGGACUAUCUUUUCCAUCUUCAAGAAAGCCAAUGCCAUUACCAUCGAGUCACGCUCUAGAGGACGCCGCACCAGAUGAACAAGAAAUGGAAAACUAUCUUCUCCUUACAGCCGGUUUGCAUAAACUGAUGCAAGCAGAACGUGGUCUCGUCGCUAAAAUUCUUCGUCCUUUGUUGCAACCACAAGUUCUUGAAGCGACUGUCAGAGAUGCCAUGGAUCUUGUCGCUCACGAUGGUGAUAGUAUCGCUACACGUGCGAAACGCUGCAUAGCAAGACGUGACUUUUCAGCGGUUCUUGUGGUUUUUCCGAUCUUGAAGCAUCUUGGCGAACUCAAACCCGAUUUGGAACGCACUGUGGAAGGCUGUGACUAUGCUCUGCGAUCCAAAUUUGCCUCGGUCUUGAAUACUCUUAACGCUACGGGUGCCAAGGCUCUGGAAGAUUUUGCAGAAAGUGUCCGGAACGAGUCGGGAACAGCAUUGCCGAAGGAUGGCACCGUGGCUGAGAGUACAAGCAAUGUUCUCGUAUUCCUCGAACAACUGGCUGAAUAUGCAGAUACUGCAGGCGCUGUUUUACGACGUAACACCGAAGGCGAUACCGUUGGAAAUGCCAGCCCGAACGAAAUCCAAAAUGCUGACCGAGUUCUUCUUGGAGUAUACAUAAAAAAAGUUCUUGCUCAAUUGAAUCUCGCUCUCGUGAGCAAAAGCGACGCUUCUUAUUCGGAUCCGGCACUUCGAGCUCUCUUUCGUCUCAACAAUCACAAUUACGUUGUGAACGCUCUGCGACGAAGUUCCCUCAUGGAAUUAUUGCUACUCGCUGAACCAACAGCUGAAAGAACAUAUCAGGAUCUCUUAGCUCGAGACAAAACUAAUUAUGUAGCCGCGACGUUUGCAAAAGCUCGACCAUAUUACGAUCAUCCUCUCGAUGAGCCAGAGCCCGCAUCGAAGGUUUUGAAAGAGCGUUUUUCUGGAUUUACUCGCGAACUCGAAGAUGCAGCCAAGUGUCAGCGCACCUAUUCCGUACCUGAUCCACGUCUCCGUGAAGAGUUGCGACGAGAAUUAGAUAAAGCAUUAGUUCCAACGUAUUCGUUGUUUUACGGAAAAUAUCGUGCAAUGUCGUUUUCAAAAAAUCCUGCCAAGUACGCAAAAUAUACCCCCGAACAAGUCUCUGGAAUAAUCAAAACCUUCUUUGACACAGCUGCGUGAAUUAGUAAAGAUCAAAUCAAACUAAUUGUGACACGUUUCGUAAUACUUAGUAUUGAAUAAAAAGAAUCAAGUAAAAGCAAACUUUUUCCUGUAUUUUCUAAACAUGCAAAUUUUUUUUACGAAAACUUUGCUCACCACUCACCAGUCGGAAGUUCACCCAAAAGUAGUACCAUUGCGGAUUUUCUGUGAAAAUGGGUCAAUAUAAAUACAGCUUGAUUUUUAGUAAACACCCAUUUAAUAAAGCAAAUUUAGUUACAAUAUCUAUACGGUUCCAUUUACCAACAUACUGAGUGAAUUUAAUCGCCGUUUCGGCGUUCGAUCGUUCGUUGGAAAAAAAAAAACAAAAAAGAAUUCUUUGACCGACUCAUCAAUCGAGAACGACGAAAAAUACACUUUUUUUAUUCAUUUCA